AUGCCAGACCAAGUAGUACCAGACCAAAUUGUGCCAAGACACAACAGUCAUAUUCGGGCUAUACCGUUGCAGAUGGUGUUAGCUGAUCAAAAAGAAGAACCAAGAGACUUAGAAUGGGAGAGGAUGUCUGAGUUAAGAAGAUUAAACCGAAGUCAUGUAAGGUUUGAGGAAGGAGAAAGCAGUUCAAAAUGGCCAAGGACGUCCUAUAAGGAGAUGCAACUGAGAGAGCAGCAGGAAGCACAGUCUGUGACUACGCAACCGAGAGGCCGACUGAGAAUAAGAGCCACUGCGCGAAAGAGAAUGGUAUAUCCGAACAAAGUCCACAUGAGGAAUCAACCUUAUUGUGAGUUGUGCGAGGGAGUUGGACACUGGACCAGAAACUGUUGGAGGACGUCACUUAGACGCAUGCUGUCACCCGAGCAUGCGGAAUGUGAUUCGUGUGGAAUGCGAGGGCAUUUUACCUAUCGCUGUCCGAAUCCAGAAUAUAUGAGGCAUUGGAGGCCUUGUGAUACUUGUGGGAUGCCGAUACAUUUGAACAAUCAUUGUUGGAGAGCGAGACCAGAUCGUCCAUUGUUUACAGAACCUAGUCGUUGUACUGAGUGUGGGGGAGGUGGACAUUUCCCUCCUAGCUGUCCAUACCGAGUUGUGCGAGAAAGAUCGAACCCAUCAAGCCAACUUGUGCAUACGGGGGAGAACCCGUUAGACCGAGCUAUUCGAGAUGAAGAAGACCCGAUGAAUCAAGCUGGAACCUUAUUGUCUGUCGCCUCUACCUCAACCGAGUCUCCCGCAGAACCGCAACCUGAAGAAUUGGCUAGGGCGUGUGUGUGCACUUGUGAAGAGUGUACUAGGCGCAGGAACCAGUAG